UUUAGCGCUGAGUACAUAGCAGGACGGCUGCUGGAGUGAUCUGGUAUUAACACUGGAAUAAGGGAGCUGAUCACUGGACUCUGACUACCCAGCACUGUGUGAUCUGACACUGCACAAUGGCUCUCAAAGUUUGCAUCGUUGGUUCUGGCAACUGGGGAUCGGCAAUUGCGAAGAUCGUGGGUGACAAUGCUGCAAAGCUCCCCCAGUUUGACAAUGUGGUGAAAAUGUGGGUGUUUGAGGAGUUAGUUUCAGGGAGAAAACUAACGGAAAUCAUUAAUACAGAACACGAGAAUGUGAAGUACCUCCCUGGGCACAAGCUCCCAGCUAAUGUGAUAGCUGUCCCCGACUUGCUGGAAGCGUCAGCUGGAGCAGAUAUCCUGGUGUUUGUGGUUCCCCAUCAGUUCAUUGGUAAAUUGUGUGACCAGCUCAAGUCUACCAUAAAGAAAGAUGCAUUUGGGUUGUCUCUUAUAAAGGGAGUAGACGAGGGUCCCGAUGGACUGCGUCUCAUUUCCGAUAUAAUUCGGGAAAGACUGGGAAUCCAGAUGAAUGUUUUGAUGGGAGCAAACAUCGCCAAUGAAGUGGCUGAUGGGAAAUUCUGUGAGACAACAAUCGGCAGUAAAAAUAAAGAGCAAGGAAAAAUCUUGAAGGAAUUGUUCCAGACCCCUAAUUUUCGUAUAACUGUGGUGGAAGAGGCAGACACAGUGGAACUAUGUGGAGCACUGAAGAACAUCGUUGCUGUUGGAGCUGGCUUUUGUGACGGACUCGGUUUCGGCGAUAACACAAAAGCCGCAGUUAUCCGCCUGGGUUUAAUGGAGAUGAUCGCCUUUACCAAGCUGUUUUGUGCCGGGCCGGUUACAUCCGCCACGUUUCUGGAGAGCUGCGGUGUAGCCGACCUCAUCACUACUUGCUACGGUGGCCGAAACCGGAAAGUUGGAGAAGCCUUUGCCAAGACUGGAAAAUCCAUAGAACAGCUGGAGAAAGAAAUGCUUAAUGGACAAAAACUUCAGGGACCACAGACUUCAGCGGAGCUAAAUCACAUCCUCAAAGGCAAGAAUAUGGUGGAGAAGUUCCCACUCUUCACUGCGGUAUAUCAGAUAUGCUAUGAGGGAAAGCCAGUCACAGAGUUUAUCACAUGUCUUCAGAAUCACCCAGAGCACAUCUAAACAGACAGCCAACCGUCAACCGUAUUCUGGUCCUUUAAAAAAAUUUUUUUAACAUUGAACUAGAGGAAAUCUACCAUUUCUACUAUAUUUUACAGUUUUUAGAAUGUAUGCAGACCAUUUGCAAACAAUCUAUAAAAUGCGGUACUGGAAGAAUUGCAUGUGGAUGUACAGUUCAAGAAAGAAACAAUGUUUAUAUCCACUUGGUCCCACCAUUUGUGGCAUUUGUUAGUCCCUGCAUAGUGUCUCAAAGAUAGAUUGUAUCUUGUUUUGCAAACAAUAUUCAGGUGUUGGGUUCACAUGCAGCUAUUUUAACACAUUUUAUCACAGUAUAUAGAUAAAUAAACAUGCAUAUGGCAAUAUGUGUAUGUUAGAUGUCAAAACAUGAUUGUAAUAAACACCAAUUUUAAUUGCAAAGAUUAGAUAUAUAUAUAGUGCUUUAACCCAGUAACCUUUGCCAGAGUUGUCUUAGCAGGACAGACUGCUGUGUGGAGCGAUAUACUUUAACCCCUCAUUACGGUAUUUGUUUUAAGAGAGAUUAUACUUUCUUUCUGAUAAGAUAUGUUUUUUAUUUUAUUAUGGAGUUAUAACCUCUGUCCUCUCCACACAAAGGGCAGGGGGCACUCCCCUUAGAGGCCUUCUGCACCUUGUCGUCUGAUAGAAGUAGUGAAUUAGUAUUAAGAAUGAGGUUUGUGGAGUAUUUCGAUGGCCAUUUGAGUCAGGAAAGGCACUAUCCACAAAUUCAGUCUAAAAGAUAAUUGUUCCUCCUUGGUGGAUAGAUGUAUUUCUGUUUCUGCUGUAUCUUACAACGUCACAACGUCAUUGUAUGAGCUAUCCUUGUUCCAGUGGGAUAUACCAAAGGUUUUGUUUUAAACUUAGCAGAGAAAAAAAUAAAAUCACCUCAGUAGUGUAAGUCACGAAACCAUACAUUUUAUAAUGAAAAAGCAUUCUUGUAAACAAAAACAUGUAUUUAUAUAUAAAUAAUAAAAAUGCCCCUAAUGUGAA